AUGUCUUCCCCUUCUUCUCAAACGAUUCUCAUCACCGGCGCCUCUGGUUUCGUGGCAUCCCAUAUCAUUCACGCCUUUCUCGAAGCAGGCUACAAAGUGAGAGGCACAGUUAGGUCCUCUUCAUCGAUCGAGAAAGUCAAAGCUGCUCAAGGACCACUCUCAUCAAAUCUCACCUUCUACAUCGUUCCAGACCUGGCUUCACCACCAUCUGCAUAUGCAGAAGCGAUCAAAGGAGUCUCAGGAGUCAUUCAUACAGCAUCUCCAUUCAUCUUAACGCCCAAAGAUGUCAGAGCAGACCUUCUUGAGCCAGCGAUCAACGGUACAACGAAUGUACUCAAGGCAGCAGCUGAAUAUGCUGGCCCACAACUGAAGCGAGUGGUAAUCACCAGCUCCUUCGCCUCGAUCUUCGACCUCAGCAAAGGAUAUAGACCUGGUUACGUCUACACUGAGAAAGACUGGAACCCAGCGACCUAUGAUGAGGCUGCCAAUUCAACCGAUGGCAGCUUUGCUUAUUGUGCUUCAAAGCCUCUAGCUGAGCAUGCAGCAUGGAAUUGGAUGUCAGCCAACCCUGAAGUUGGAUUCACUCUCGCGACCAUCUGUCCACCUUGGGUUUUUGGGCCCAGUCUCAAUACUAUCACCAACCUUGGACAUCUUAACGAAUCGACAGAGACUAUCUGGAAGCUCAUCAAUGGAAGCAGCAAAACAGUACCUCCGAUUGACUUCGGUGGCUUUGCGGAUGUGAGAACCAAUGCUCAAGCACAUCUAAAAGCUUACGAAAAAGAUGAAGCUGCUGGAGAAAGAUUCUUGGUUGGCCAGCACUUUGAUUAUCAGUCUGCUGCGGAUGCAAUCAGGGAGGCGAUUCCAGAGCUGAGAGGCCGUGUUUCUGAAGGAACACCUGGGUCUGGCUUGGACUUCAAGGACACCGUCUACACCCCUGAUGGAUCAAAGGCAGAGAAAGUUCUUGGAAUCAAGUACAUUGAUUUGAAGAAAUGCAUGGUGGACACAGCGGCAGAUCUGCUUGCUGCUGAGAAAAGGCUAGGAUGGAAAGCGGAAUGA